AUGGUUUCUAGUUUUAGGGUUUCUGAGUUACAAGUGUUACUAGGCUUUGCUGGACGGAAUAAAAGUGGGCGCAAACAUGACCUCCUGAUGAGGGCGUUGCAUUUGUUGAAGAGUGGCUGCAGCCCUGCGGUUCAGAUUAAAAUUCGAGAAUUAUAUAGACGCCGAUACCCACGGACACUUGAAGGACUUUCUGAUUUAUCCACAAUCAAAUCAUCAGUUUUCAGUUUGGAUGGUAGUUCAUCACCAGUAGAACCUGACUUGGCUGUGGCUGGAAUCCACUCGUUGCCUUCUACUUCAAUUACACCUCAUUCACCAUCAUCUCCUGUUGGUUCUGUGCUGCUUCAGGACACUAAGCCCACAUUUGAGAUGCAGCAGCCAUCUCCUCCCAUUCCUCCUGUCCAUCCUGAUGUGCAGUUAAAAAACCUGCCUUUUUAUGAUGUCCUUGAUGUUCUCAUCAAGCCCACAAGUUUAGUUCAAAGCAGUAUUCAACGGUUUCAAGAGAAGUUUUUUAUUUUUGCUUUGACACCUCAGCAAGUUAGAGAGAUAUGCAUAUCAAGGGAUUUUUUGCCAGGUGGCAGGAGAGAUUAUACAGUCCAAGUUCAGCUUCGACUUUGCUUGGCAGAGACCAGUUGCCCUCAAGAAGAUAACUAUCCCAAUAGUUUAUGUAUAAAAGUAAAUGGGAAACUCUUCCCUUUGCCUGGCUAUGCACCACCACCUAAAAAUGGGAUUGAACAGAAGCGCCCUGGACGUCCCUUGAAUAUUACAUCUUUAGUUAGAUUGUCUUCAGCUGUGCCAAAUCAGAUUUCUAUUUCUUGGGCAUCAGAAAUUGGAAAGAAUUACUCCAUGUCUGUAUAUCUUGUACGACAGCUCACAUCAGCCAUGUUAUUACAGAGAUUAAAAAUGAAAGGUAUUAGGAAUCCUGAUCAUUCCAGAGCGCUAAUUAAAGAAAAACUUACUGCAGAUCCUGAUAGUGAAAUUGCUACAACUAGUCUUCGAGUGUCCUUGAUGUGUCCUUUAGGAAAAAUGAGGCUGACAAUCCCAUGCCGUGCAGUGACUUGUACACAUCUGCAGUGUUUUGAUGCUGCCCUUUAUCUUCAAAUGAAUGAGAAGAAGCCUACCUGGAUUUGUCCUGUUUGUGACAAAAAGGCUGCCUAUGAAAGUCUAAUAUUAGAUGGGCUUUUCAUGGAAAUUCUCAGUGACUGUUCUGAUGUAGAUGAGAUCAAGUUCCAAGAAGAUGGUUCUUGGUGUCCAAUGAGACCCAAGAAAGAAGCUAUGAAAGUAACCAGCCAGCCCUGUACAAAAAUCGAAAGUACAAGUGUCUUUAGUAAACCUUGUCCAAUGACUAUAUCCAGUGAUGCAAACAAGAAGAAGAUAGAUGUUAUUGAUCUAACAAUAGAGAGCUCUUCUGAUGAAGAAGACGACCCUCCUGCCAAAAGGAAGUGCAUCUUUAUGUCAGAAACACAAAGCAGUCCAACCAAAGGGGUUCUCAUGUAUCAGCCAUCUUCUGUAAGGGUACCCAGUGUGACUUCGGUUGAUCCUGCUGCUAUUCCACCUUCAUUAACAGACUACUCAGUACCAUUCCACCAUACACCAGUGUCAAGCAUGUCAUCAGAUUUGCCAGGUUUGGAUUUUCUUUCCCUUAUUCCAGUUGAUCCACAGGUAUAUACUUAAGGGAUCUAGAGUAAAAGUUGCAAUGGCUACAACCCAAGUCUUAAUUAUUCAAGGCACAGAGUCCAGUGGCAACAGGAUGGCACCUUUUAGCAUUUUUACAGAGUAGUGCUAUGAUAUAGGAAAAAACAAGCUUGAAUGGUAGCAGAUUUUAAUGGAAUGAAUCAUCUAGGCUUUUUAAAAAUAUUUUUUCUUCAGUUUCAAUAUAAUUGACUUGAUUUUAGAGAAUUUUUAAUACUUGACAAUUUCACUUUCAGAGCUUCUUAUGAAUGUCUGUCGAAUUUUUCAUGGGUGGCAUUAAUUUUAUAGACAAGCCAGGAAUUAUCCAUCUGAAAAACCAGUAACUUUCUCUGUCAAAAGGCAGCUUCAGUCGGGCAUAGUGGAUCACCUGUUUAAUCCAUCACUUGAAGGGCAGAGGCAGGCAGAUCUCUGAGGUCCAAGGACAGCCUGGUAUAUGUAGUGCUUAUGUUGUGCUUUCCAGGAAAGCCGGAGAUAUAUAGUGAGACCCUGUCAAAAAACAAUCAAUCAAUCAAGAAUGAAUGAAUGAAUAAAUAAAUAAAUAAAUGGAUAGGCAGCCUCAAUUUUACUUGUUCUCUCAGCUGUUUUCUUUUUCUUCUUUUAAUGCGCCUUGAAAACCAUGUAAUCUGAACAGUUUAGUUUUGAAUUGCUGUCCAUAACUCGUUGUCUCUAAGAGUCUAAAUGAUAUAGAGGAUACAUAACAUUAGGUAUCCUUGUUGGUCUUUUUCCUGUAGUCUAACUGAAGACAAACUUAAUAGCAUUAGACAUUAUCUGUACCAAAGUCAGUGCAGUUGUGCCUCAUGUAAAACAUCGUAUUGUGAAAUAUAAAAUUCCAGUUAGCUCUUACUUUAAUUCCUUAUAAUUUUAGAUUACUGUGCUCAGGUUUUGUAUUUUAUGUGAAUCGGCUAUCCAGAUGGAAGGGUACUUAAAAUAAGAAUAUUUGGAGAAGGAUCUUAUGAAGCGUUAUAAGGAAUAUUAAAUUUGUGGUUAUGAUAUUAUUCUCUCAACAUCCUGUGAUAAUUAGCUACCAUAUAGCCUCAAAUUCAGAAUGAAUGUUGACAUGCUAAUUAUACAGGUAUUGCUGUCUUUGUUUAAAGCGGACUCCAAUGCCAUCAUUCAGCUUGUUGCUCUUAACAUAACUCUUAAAGGGUCUGUUUGAUUCUAAAUUUUGAAAAAUCAGUGAACUUUGUUUCAAUGUUAUAACAUUGUUUUUGAGGUCAGUUUUAGUUAUAAUUGGGGGUGUCAGUAUUUAACAUGAAGUGAUUUCAGUCAUUGUUGACAUUGCAUUUCCCCUGUGUAUAUGGCCAACAAACAAGUUCCACACAUUCAAGACAAUUAAAAACGUGUGGCAUUCAUGAAUAUAAAAUAGCUAAGCCCCUACCACCUUUUAUUUAAAUACAAAAUUUGUUAUUUUUAAAUCCCCUGAGGAUUUAACUUUGUACCUGUCAUUUGUAAGUAUUUUAACAGUUUCUAGUCUAUUUAUUUAAACCAAUGUAGCCUCUUCCUCAUCAGCAUCAUUGUUUGUUUCAAGCAGUACUGUCCUCCUAUGUUUUUGGAUAGUCUCACCUCACCCUUAACAACAAGCAGUACGUCCGUCACCACCACCAGCCCCCAUGAAAGCAGUACUCAUGUUAGUUCAUCCAGCAGCAGGAGUGACACAGGGGUCAUAACCAGCAGUGGAAGUAACAUUCCUGACAUCAUCUCACUGGACUAAAGGCGGCCAUACUUGAUUCUGGGAAUCAUUCAUCAGAACUACUCUUGGAUAUCUAGUCCAUGGAAGCUAUUUUUUUGCAAUUUAAUAUUUAUUGAAAUGUCAGAUGGAUUCUUUGCUUUCUGAGAAAUGAACACAGAUGACUCCUGCAAGAACCAGAUGGCAAGCAAGGACUUUUCUUAUGCCGUACAUCAGAUAUAUUUCAUCUAUGAUGGUGUCCUCUUGAGCAGUGGAUUUCAGUUCCUACAUUACUGGAUGGAUUCUUCAAACAAUUUUUUGUUACAAUAAACAGCAAUAAAAUAUGUAAAUACUUAAACUUUUCUAAUUAAAAGAAAAUGUAAUCACUGAUCUAUAAUAACAGCCACUUCUGUUUAAUCCAGAAUGAAGGGAAGAAAUCAUGUUUGCUGAAUGAAUACUUUCUAUAGAGUUGUGUUCUAUUUUGUUGAAGUAAUGAAGCUUCAGUAACUAGCCAGAACUUGGUUCCACUUUUCUUCUUUCAGUUCACCACUCUUCAUGAUAGCAUCAAAGAAAAUGGUCUUUGUGUUCUGUGUUUUUCUCUUGUCAUUUAUACUUUGACAUUAUAUGCUGGUAUAUGCAGAGUUAAGUGCUGAGGUUUGGUUGCUCUUUAUAGUUACUAUGUUUAAGAACACUAGGCAGAUUUUAUCCUAUGAUAUAAUGUGUUAUUUUUGGUUACUAUACACUCUUAUUCUAGAAUUUUUACAAUCUUGAGACUUUUUUUUUUUUAGAAAAAGUAUACAGUGUUUGGAUGGAAUGUGCUCAAGUUAAGACUGGAAUAGCUGGUAGAAUUUUCUUUACAAUGUUCAGAAAUAUUUAAUACUUGGGAGGAACCAGAACAUAUUUAGAAGUGGAAAUAACUAAGUUCUUCCUAUGAAUUUAAUUUGUUUCAUAUAUUUUAUAUACUAAUACAGAAUACUUUGUUGGUUGAAACUUUUCACAUUUUAAUGUCACAGAUAUAGAAAUUAUAUUUAAAGUCUUUGAUCAUAAUUCCUCAAAUGUAAUUUCAGUUUCAGCAGUGAUUUUUUUUUUCAAGUUUAAAGAAAAGUCAAUGGAGGAUCAUACCAGAUCUCAUUUUCCUAUUUUUUUUUUUUAAAUGAAGUCUUUUUUGUGAAAACACAGACACAGAAAUUAGGGAUGUUUGAGUUGAAAUGAGGGAAAGGGGCCCAAAAUUCCACUUAAUGCUGCCUUUAAAACACACCUCUCAUGUGACUGUUCUGGGUGAACUUUGGAAAGUACUGUGCCUCCAAUGUGUUUGAGUCACUCAGAAAACUGGGUUUCACUGUAGAAGCUUUCGGCAUUCCUGGUUUCCACUCGCAUCAUUUGGGUUUCUUAAUUUUCAGUUCUCAAAGAUGUAGUACUUUCUCUACCUAUGCUAUGUCCAACUUAAUGCAUAGGUUUUUUUUAGUGGCUACUCUUAAUUUCUCAAAUAAGUUACUGCAUAAGGACUCUCUGCUUCCACUCAUGACAGGGACUUAUUAUUACUUUAGAAUUGGUACAGUUCUAAAGAGUUGGCUUGUCCCUGUUUGGUGUUUUAUCUUUCAAGUUUUCGUGGCCUUUGUGUACUUUUUGCACAAAAUGCUUGUGUAGUUCUCCAUAUUGCUUCUUACUUGCCUCCAGCACCCUAUGUUCUUUCCUUUUGAUAGGACUUUUGUAUCAUCAAAGAUAAGGAAAGCUAAAACAGCCCCUGUGAUCACAGUAGGCAAUGGUACUUUGACCCUAUGGCCCCUGGCUUUUACUUUCUUAGCCAGUCCAGAUAGAGAAUUUCUUCUUGUAGGACUUUAUGUUGCUACUAUAAGUACAGAUGCAGUUUCUGUUACCUCUGUAAUCAGAAAUAGUAGCCUGGCUUCUGUAGUAUAAUUUGUUAAUAAAGAAAUGAUGCAGAGUUGUUAUCAUUUUGUUUACCCAUUAGAGUAUCAAAGACUCCCUUACAAUGAAUCAAUGAAGUCUUAUUAGUAAAUGAAGAUGGUAAUAGAAAUUAUUUACCUAGUUCUUAUUAUGAAUACCUCUGUACAUUUGCCGUUUUCACAGGAACAGUUGUAGUGUUCAUUUUCGGUGUUUAAUGAAAUUAUAAAAAGUUUUACUUUAUCUCAGGUGACUAGCACCUUUAAAAUAGACUUAAAAGUUUUUCAUAUUGAUAUUGGGACUUACUUUGCAGGUAUCUUUAAAGGUAUGUACUUUUCUUUCCGCUCCUGUCUUUGUAGUUGUAAAGCCAGUCUCUCCUUAAUGUCACAUUCUUAGGAAGAUCUGGCUGCUUAGCAGUGUCUUGUUAAUGCAAAUUUCUGUUUAACCAGAUAGAAUAAAGAGGUCAUCCUGGUGUUAGUAAGGUGUCAGCCAUGUGGCCAUUAUCUUCAGAUAUCUCCACCUAGGGAAUUGUGCUUAAUGCUUAUGGUCACUUGGCCAAUCUCUAUUUUCAUCUUUAUCUUUUUUUUUCCCCACUUAGAAAUAUUGAAGGGCUUUGGUAACUUGAGACAAUGUAGCUGCUAUACAGAGCUCUCUCUAUAUUCAUGAGGACUGCUUUCAUUAGCUAGCCUUCUGACCCCCAGAAGAAUCAAUUUUAGAUUCUAUUUCCAUUUUGGCCCCCAAAUUAAAAAUAUUUGGUAUAUGUCCUAGGAUAAUUCUAAAGAUCAGAUGAAAUAGGUCAGGUGAAUUUAAAUGUAUGGCCUUGUAUUUCAUUCGUUCUAUAAUACUAUAAUAAAACCAUGGUAGUGAUAUCAGAGAUAGUGAAUGUGAUUCAGUUGGUCAUAACUUUUCAUGUUAAACAAGUUUCCAUUCGAGUAGUCUUAAUGAAUUUGAAGGGAAGAUGCAGAAUUUUAAGCAAAGUCGUGUUGAAUGGUGUUGAAAGAGCCUGUUUUGACUUUAAUAUGCCUUGAAUCAGUCUUGAACACUCACCCUUGUCUGCUGCCAAUAAAGACACUCAUUUAGUUGCAUUAGUGUUUUUAAGUAAAGUCAAUUUUCAUAAACUUUUUCUUAUUAUCAGGUAUGUUUUUUUUCUGUUCCUUUGCUUGGUUAUUUAAAAGAAAAAAAGUACUAUUUUAGUAAACAUUGUUUUCCUGCAAGUUUAUCUCUACUUCUACGAAAAGUCAUAACUUAUUUCCCAUUUUUUCACCUUUAAAAAUAAAAAUUAGUUCUCAUUUAACUUGAGUCUGACAUUGAUUUUUAGUAGCUCUGGGUCCAGGUAGUGUGGCAGUUUGAUGUUGCCGUUUGGCAGGCGAUGAAUCAUUGAGCCUGACUCAGCAUCUUUCCUGUAUUUCAUGUAUUGUGGUGCAACAUAUUAGAAAGGUUUGAAGGAGCUCUCUGCUGUUCUUAGAGAUUGGUGCUCUUGGUAAAUGACUGUGUCUUCCUUCUGUUAGGAGCUACAUCAUAAUUUACAAAAGCAGCAAAUAGAGCUAGGUCAGCAUGUUUGCCCAUUGUUCUUCAUUGCCUGUCUUAUAGUCAUGCUUUGUUUUCUUGUUUGCCAGUAGUAUUUGCUCUUUGCAGAGAAUUAAGACAAAGGAGAGAACCAAAGUUACAGGCAACUAUUAUAUUUUGUACAUAACACACAUCAGCAGAUAGUAUAGCCUCUCUUCCCAUAGAACACAUUUGUCUUUGCAGGUAUCAGCAUUAAUAUCUCCUGACCCCAGUGAAGUGGACCAUGAGGCAAUGAUUGGAAUUUCUCAAGCUUCCUGAAAUUGAAAAAAAAAUACUUUGAACUAUAUUUAUGUGUCUGUGUAUAUUUGUG